ACCUUGACGCGCAGGUACACGGAUUUGAUCGAAAACUUUCCUGAAACGUGUGUUUUUUUCGCAGCGAUGUUGACAGAGGAAACGUAGCAAGUGGAUUAAAAAUAAACCGGUGUGGUGUGAUGUACUGAGGACACCGUCGGUUUUGGAGUCAGCUGGUGGAUAAACCGUGUACACUACAUUGCAGCCUGUAGGUCAUGUCGGUGGGCAGCGGUGGGAGUGUGAGGCUCAGCUCUGGGCCCGGCAGUUUCAGACAUGGGCUGAACCGGAGCAGCAGCCAGAGGUCAUCCUACGAGGAACGCUGCGUGGAUCCGGUGGAAUACAGACCCCAGACCACAAAGACGACCCACAAAGCUGACCUGACGGAUGCCAACGGGAAGGAGUCUGAGACCAUUGGCUUCAUCCCUGGUUCUGCUGAGCCUCAAUCUUCAGCACAGUCCUGUAACCCCUGCGACUCACCAAACAGCUGUAGGACCUUUGUGUGCAGUGUCCUGACCUGUGGGCUCUACCGGGUCUGCCAGCGCUCCAUCCUCGCCCCAUGCCUGGCACCCAACGAGAGCUCCCCAGAUGAACCGGAGAAGGUAAGCCUCAAAACUGUGAACGCAGGAAACAACAAAGACGAAGACAGUCCCGAAUGGCUAGAGGACAUCCACAUCGCCGGAGUCAAAGUGGACAGUCUGAGAGAGUAUCUAGAAGUCGAAACCAAACCUGUGACACGCAUUCCUGCAGCGAGAGCUCACAUAGAGUUCAGCCAGUCGUCCCUCCACGAAUCGAUGAGGUUGGAUGACUGGGAGGACGACAUUGAGGACGUGGACUCUCUGAUUGCUAAGAAGCUGCUGGAGCUGUACUCUGAGUACCAGAUCGAGGAGCUGGCCCGGUGCACUUCAGACUCUGUGUUUCUGAAAAAGAGCAAGGCCAUCAACCAACUCAUCAACUCAUUGGCGGAGGAGCACAAAAUGGACGAGCAGGAGGCGGAGUGUCGGCUGGUGCGCGGCAUCAUCCGCAUCAGCACACGGAAGAGCACCAAGAAAAGGCCAACCCCGUCCAGGACGGAGGGGACACUGUCGGACAGCGGCAACGAGACCAUGAAGGACAGCCAGUCCUUUUCAUUCAGCAAUAACAAUGACUACAAAUCAAGUCCAAACAUCCAAAUAUCAGACCAGACCUCCUCUGACAGGUACGCCAGGGAGAUGUACAGGAACAAUGGAGGUCACUCCUCUAACUCUCCAACCACCUACUCACCUACCACCACAGAGACAAACUCUUCAGGUGCUCCUCUAAUUCGCACUUCUGUGAGAACAUGAUUCCGACCCCACACUGGCAGUCUAUGCUUGAAUCGGCCGUGCUGUGUGUACAAGGUCACGUAUUGAAAGGGGACACUACUUGCACAGCCUUAGCUAAGCUCUUUGUACAGAACGUGACUUCGUCGUGGGAAAAAAUGUGAAAAGUCACAUUGUCUGAAGGACUUCAGGUAACUCAGGGCUCUGUGUGUACCUAUUUAUGAUUGAUAAAUAUAAAUAUGCAUGCAUUUGAAGGAUUGCUUGAUUCAGUGCACAUCCUGAAAGCACAUAUCAGCAGAACCUCUGUCCACGUCUUUUGAACGAGGACCCUAACUGUCAUUCUUUUGUCAGAUUGUUGUGUUGAAAUCACACAAAGACACCUGAAGUUGUAGUUCACUAAACAAAUUGCCGCUGUUUAUACACUAUACUCAGUUCAGUUUUGAGUCAGUGCUGAUCUCUAACAUACUGUAUUUACAUCAGUGGUUCUAGAUAAAUGAUGGAAUGUGCAUUGUGAUAUGUAUCAAUAAUGAUAGAAGAGACACAGUGAUACUAGGACAUUGUUCACCAUGUGGAAGACGAUUUCUAUGAUGGUCAAAGAAGAGCUGUGCAAUUAAUCGAUUUUAAAUCGAAAUCGGAUUUUCUAAAUAGGACAAUUUUUUAAAAAAGGGAAAUCAUCAGAUCAAUUUCAUCUCUCGUGCCUCUGGGCCGUGGGCCUGUGGGCUACCAUAGACUUCUCCCAUCUGUGAGAGUCUUUCACAGUAGUCUGUAUAAUGACCACAGACGUUAAAUCUGUAAUGGGCCUGCAGUAGUGAUACCAAUGUAAGCUGUGGUUUCAUGCACAGAUCCCCCAAUUCAAAUAUAACUGCUUAUGUUGUCCCACACGGAUCCGUACUGUCCUGUCUUCUUCUGAUCCGGGUCAUGGGGGCAGCAGCCUCAGCACAGUAGCCCAGACAGCACCUCCCCAGCCACAUCCACCAGCUCCAGGGAAUCCCGCAGUGUUCCCAGGGAAUCCCGCAGUGUUCCCAGGCCAGCGCAGAGAUGGAAUCCCUCCAGCGUAUCCUGGGUCGGUCUUUUCCACGCAUGGAUCCCCCAGUUUAAAUAUAACCACAUGGGGAUCACUCAUAUUACGUGGUCCAUGCACGCAUGACUGAUGCCUGUCACUGACUUACACUGGUAUCACUUCUGUGGGCCCAUCAUGUGAUACCAUCACAGAUUUGAGGUUGGAGCAGUGCCUUGCAUUGUGGGCUGCUCACAAAAACGACAUGCUGACUUCUGUAGUCUUUUGUAGUUUUACCGUAAAAAUCAAAGUCGAAAAUCGAGUUUGUAGAGGAAAAAAAAAUCAGGAUUUUAUUUUUGGCCAAAAUUGUGCAGCCCUAGGUCAAAGCUAUCAAAGGUGAUCUUGGAUGGAGUUUGUACACUAACCUGGUAGGACCAAAGAAACAAUGGGUUUUUGUGUAGAACACUUAAAAUGUUUAAACUCAGUGUCAUUUUAAACAGUAGUUUAAAGAAAAAAACCACAGACCAUUUAGUAACUUGGGGGUCUUUCAACCCUAUCUCAGCUGCAAUAAAAGAGCCAUAAUUAUAUGUAAAAUAUUGUAAUCCAUCCAUCCAAUAAUAAUAAUACAUGAAUAUUAAUAGUAAGGCUCAACUAUUGUCCAUGAAAUGUAGUUAUAAAAGCAAAAGUCCUGAGAAAAGCUAAUAAGUGGCUCUGUGAGUUAUUUAUUUGUGUCUGUGUUGCUAUGUUGGCUUCAUAAAAUGUGGAUUGUAUGAUUUUCUUGCAAAUGUUAUAAUUAACAUAAUAACACAAGAUUAAUAUGAAGCAAAUUUAACUUUCAAAGGUGGAGUAAGUGAUUCUAUUCCUGUAUAGUUUUUGUCAAAUUCAACAAAUAUCUCCUGCUGGUGUUUAUUCACAGCUGUGAUGCUGGAAAAACUGUAAUGUUUUGCAUUGAUGCACAAUGACAUUAUCUCAUCUGUACCAGAAACAUAUUUGUUUGCAGCUAGUCCUUAUCAUCAAUAUUUAAAGGCACUUUUCUGAGAUUUAAACACAUCCAGAAAAGCUGUAAAGCAGACAGUAAAGCUUUCUGGAUUAAAAUGUCGAUAAACAACUAGGGCUAUAUUGUAUAUUUUGUAGAUGUGAUACUUGUAUACAUCAAAUUUUCCAACAGAAAUUCAGAGAAAUCCGUUAUUUAUUCCCAUUUUCAUGUGGAUGAAAGGCAGAUGAAAAUGAAAAUUAAUAUUUUUAAUUAAUUAAUAGUUUUAGCCUUUCAUUCGCCUUCACAAUAUCUCUUUUUCCAGAUACUCGGCUGUGUGUAUACAUGGCAACAACCUAAUCAAUUCUAGUUCACAUUCAACAGUAGUGGCUAAUUGUAGCUUCCCUACUAAGUGUUUUUAACCAUUCUUCACAAAUAUGUAUUUUAAUUUUGUUAUAAAUACUGGCGACAUGUCCAGGGUGUACCCCGCCUUUGCCCAUAAGUAGCUGGGACUGGCUCCAGUCACCCCUGUGACCCUAGUGAGGAUAAAGCAGGUUCAGAUAAUGAAUGAAUGAGGAUGAAUGAAAAAAUACAGAUUAAAUAUGUUUUUUUAGAGACAGCCAUUUACUCAAACACCGUUAAAACUGCUGACAUUCUUUAGUGAGCUAAUUGGAGUUAGCAUUAGCAAGUGACACUGCAGAUUACAGGUCUAACUAAAUGAUUCUGAUGAAUGGUAGACUUCAGCGUAUGUAAACUUAUCUAUCAGUUGUUUAUUUUGUAAGGUAAAAUGGGGCACCAUAUAUUAGACAUUCAUUACAAAACAGAAAUAAUAUGUUUUUACUUUUAUUUAAAAAAUGUGCAAAAGAAAGAAACCAUUACUUUGUUUAAAUUCAAGACAUUCCUGUACAUUAACUUGCAAAUACUGAUGACAGGAAGUAGUUGCAUGUUUGCACACAGAGGAUCUGAAAGGACAGGUUUUUGAGGGACUUUUUUUGUGUUUUUUAAAUGUUGAGUAGUUGGGCUGGAAGUACCGUGUCAGAGUAAGGGUGAAUAUUAAUGUCACAUCCAUUUAUGUGGUGUUUUGUUUUGUAGGGAUUUACUGAUUUUAAUACUACAAUGCACUUCCCUGUGUGCAAAUGUUCCUCCAAAACAAGUUCACUCCUGACACUAUUUUGGAAAUCCACUGCCCAAGUAUCCCACCCUCAAACUGCCAAACCCAGAUACUUAUGAUCCCUGUUCCAGAACAAUAGCAGACAUAUUUCCACACUAUCACUGGUGCAGCAGCAGUGAAGUGUCGUAGACUGGCCGAUGACAGGAAUACCUUACUCCAUCUUUACAUUAACCAACUCACUGAUCCUUUCUACAUAAUAUUUGUGUCUGAUAUUCUGUCUGUACAUCAAGCCUCAAUAUGAAAGACAUUUUAAACAAUAGUCAAAUGCAGCUAUCCUGACAGUGUAAUGUAAUCUGUUAAGUUAUUAGUGGCAUUAUCCCAGGCUGACUUAUGAAGUGAAUGUUUGUUUUCUUUGUGACCCACUCUGUGUGUUUGCUCCUGGUGAGAAUUUGCCCAGCUGGUUCCGUGGAAUUUAUCUGUCUCCGUUUCCUUCUUAUCAACUCUUGCUUAUGCUUUCUGUUUAUCACGAACUCUAUUGUAAUUCUGUUAAUACACACAUGUAGUUAGCACACAUAAAUAAAUGACAUGAUUCAGAUUAUAACUUGUUUUGUCUCCUGGAAUCCAUCCUCUUUUGCUUUGCAUUCUGUUUUAUUGAAAAAAAAAAAAAAAGAUUUUUGUAUUCAGGGAGUCUGAACAUAACACCCC